AUGUACGGCAGGUCCUUCAAAGUUGUGAGCGACCACCACGCUUUCUGUUGGCUAGCUAAUUUAAAGUACUCUUCAGGUCGCCUCACGCGGUGGAGUCUGAGACUCCAAGGAUUCGGCAUCACCGUUCUAUACAAGUCCGGACGAAAGCACUUUCAUGCCGACUGCCUGCCUCGAGCCCCCGUUGACCCGCCGCCGCAGGACGACCAGGGCGAUGAAUGCUUCUUGGGAACCGUAAGUACCGACGGCUUCACUGAACGACAGCGAGCCGACCCGGAAGUCAGGGGCCUUGUAGAAUACCUCGAGGACAGGGCCGCCGUUGUUCCGAAGAGAUACAGCCAGACAAGCCACCGCCGGACUACCGCCUACCAGCUACAGCCCAAUAGUCUCAUCGCAGACGUGCUGGCCAUGUACGUCGACAUCGAACAAAAGAUUUCCACCCUUCCGUACUUCGCACAGAACACGGGCGUGGAAGCAACGACGCAGAUUACGCCACGCAAGUUGGUCUAUGGAAGCAACACGGCAACGAGGCUUGACGUAAUGCUGCGGAACAUCACUGACGAAGAAAAUCUGUACGUUGCUACCUACCUGCAGCGCGCCGAUGAAUCUCGACAGCUUGCUUGCCUACGCAUCCAAAACCAGCAGAUGACCGACAGCUACGGUUACUAUCUUCGACGAUGCUUCGUGGAAUACCAGCCCGGCCACCGUGUCUGGGUCUGGCCGCUAAUACGCCGACGUUGGCUCAGCGAAAAACUUCGACAAUACUUCGGGCCAUACAGGGUACUACGAUGUCUCGGCGCACUGGACUAUGACGUUGUCCCCGACGGCAUCACGAACUAUCAGCCAGCGCUGCGCAAGCCCCGAGGUCUUGCAUGUGGUGUGCCUUAG